UCCGUUGGCUAUUGGCUUGGAAUUUGGAUUGAUCCCCAGGAUCCCCAGCGAUCGUCAUGUAAUUGAAUUGUUGAUUGCUUAUAGCAUUUAUAGCUUAUUGCUUCCAUUUGGAAAUCGCGUAUGAGUUUCUCAUUCGUUUCGACCGAGUUUUGAUACCAUGGAUGACCUCGAGGAAGAACACAAUUCUGAAGACGGAGACGAGUCUCCUCUGGAAGAAGAUCAAGAAGCAUUGGUGGAGCGGAUACAACAAGAAUGCAUAGAAAAAUUCAGCAGCCUGGAUUUCAUUAUGGAACCUGGCAUCUUCGCUCAGCUGAAACGUUACUUCCAAGCUGGUGGAAACCCGGAACAAGUAGUGGACUUACUUCUAGAAAACUACCAAGCUGUUGCACAAACUGCCAACCUACUGGCAGAGUGGUUGAUCAUGGCCGGGAUGAAAAUCUCCGAGGUUCAAGCACUGGUAGAAGACCACCUAAAGCAGAUGAUUUUGAAGCACUUCGACCCAAAAAAGGCAGACACCAUCUUUACCGACGAGGGUGAAACACCAGCUUGGCUCACAGAGAUGAUCGAACAUCCCACCUGGCGCUCCCUCGUGUACAAGCUCGCCGAGGAGUAUCCCGACUGUCUUAUGCUUAACUUCACAAUAAAGCUCAUAUCGGACGCCGGCUUUCAAGGUGAAAUCACGAGCAUAGCGACGGCUUCCCAACAACUCGAGGUGUUUUCUCGCAUCCUAAAGACUGCCACGGACAACUUUCUCGAAGGCGGCGAGGAAAGCAUGGAGCGAAACCUGUGCGAGUUCACCCGCAUGGUAUGCCACGGAGAGCACACGUACCUUUACAGCCAGGCGGUGCUGCACGUGCUCUCUCAAGAACCGCGCGGGGGAUCGAACAUACGUCGCCUGGCCCAAGAGAUCAGUCGUCAUGCCCAGAAAACGAGUCACGACCCGACCCCCAUCACGAUGGCGCUCAACGGAGCCGCCGCGUAUCCGCGCGCGUGUCAGGCGCUCUCGGCCAUGCUGUCGCGCGACGCCCUGAACCCCGCCGAUGUCACGUGGCUUUUCAAGAUGUACCAGGCCGCGGACCCGCCGCCCGUCGACCUGCUGAGAGAGCCGCACUUCUUAGACCUGCUCCUGGACGCGCUCUUUCGUCCGGGGUCCCGGUUGAACCCCGAGCACAAGCCGAAGUACGUCUUCCUCCUCGCCUAUGCGGGCAGCGUCUACGAGACGCGCAGGAAGGGAGUCAGGAAGGCCCUGAACAGGGACGAGCUGCGAGCCACGCAGCAAGCUGUGGAGAAAGUUCAUACGAUCUGUCAGGAACGGAAGGGGUCCUCGGAACUGAUCCCGGAGCUGAACGCGCUCUUCCAGGGAAUGAGGUUCCCCGUGGUUGCGUUGGGGGUCGUGCACUGGGUGGGGCACGUCGUCUCGGAGCGGUCGUACUUCAAGCUGUCGACGGAGCACACACCCCUGCACUUGGCGCUGCUGGACGAGGUUGUGGUGUGCCACGCAACGUUGCACCAGAGGGUGCUGGACCUGUUGGUUAGGCUGUUUGAGUCGCCGCCGCAGGAAGAGCUGGACGUCCUUGUGCAGCUGGAACAUCGGAAGAUGCUGUUGGACCGCAUGGUGCACUUGUUAAGCCGCGGAUGCGUCGUCCCCGUUGUCAGUUACGUACGCAGCUGUUGGGAGAAACAGGACACAGAUGUCUCCCUCAUCCGCUACUUUGUCACCGAAGUGCUGGACGUCAUUGCUCCGCCGUACACAGCAGAGUUUGUGCAACUGUUCCUGCCGCUUGCAGAGAGCGAGGAGGUGACUGGAGGGGUCCGCGGGGAAGGACAGGUUGCCGGAGCGACCAGCGGAGGAGAAGCCGAUGCGGUGUCGGAGUUCAUCAUGCAUUGCAAGUCAAAUUACAUCAUGAUGACUUAAAUUUUAAGACGACGCAUCUUGCGGAAGGACUGAAAAGUGGGGGAAGACCUCCUCCUCACCCAGACAGAUGGGCGCUGUAAAUAUUGCGGGUCACAAGUGGGGAGAACGGUGGUGGGAAGUGUACAGUUGAAGUGGUCAUAAAAAUGGAAGUGUUACA